AUGGCGAACUUUUUAACGGAGAUAUCGUCCGUGACAAUAUCCCUUGCCAUGCUCAGGGACCUUUUGCCGCUGACUUCUGAUUCUCAAAUCGGGCAGCAUAAUAUGAUCUCGACCAUCCUUGAAGUACAAAUGCAUUCUUCGGUGCCUGCUUCUUGGUUACUGUACCCAAUAGACGCAGUUGGAGACGUUAACGCUGGGAAGCGAGCGGCGACUUCUGACGGGUCCACAACAACUCGUGGACGGUGCCAAAGUCUCCCUGGCCCAACACAACCAAGACUCUCCUCGGGAGGCAAGAAUCGUGUCAUGACGCUAAGGCAGGCUGAAGCGGACAGAUACAUUUUGUUGGACUCUGGGCUGAAGCCCAUUUGCUUGCAGGAUGAGGCGGUGGGCGUCAAUCUAUGCCCUAUCGAGCUAGGCCUGUGCAAGACUCCAAUCCAUGAAAUUUGCUAG